GAUGCAACUGUUGCAUGACAGGAACAAAUUAAACAGGUUUCAGCUGACGGUGAACAAUUGCUAGAGAUGGCACUUGACCAAUAUGAUGGAGACUUGUGUGAGCCAGACAGGAGGAAGGCUUUGUCACUGUUGUCACAUGCUAUUGAAUCAGAUCCCUCUUCAGUGGUCUUAUGGGUUGUCUUUCUCCACAUUUAUUAUAGAAAGGAGAAGGCUAUAGGGAAGGAUGACAUGUUCUUACAUGCAGUGCGGUACAACAAAGAUUCUUAUGAGCUGUGGCUUCUUUAUAUUAACAGUCGAAUGCUGUGUGAGGAUCGUUUGAAUGCAUAUGAUGGAGUACUUAAUGUAUUAUGCCACAUAGGAGGUCGAGAUGGGAAGGAUUUAAGUCCUUACAUCUUGGAUAUCUUUUUGCAGAUGAUUGAUUUCUUAUGUAUGUCUGGGAAUGUUGAUAAGGUUAUUAUUAGAAUAUGUGGACUUCUGCCUUCUAAUGAGUUUGAAGAGUGCAGUGGCAAUCCACUUAGAGACAUCUGCACUUGCUUGACUGUGCCGGACCGAUGCUUAUUCUGGAUUUCUUGUAUAUACUUCAUAGUUUAUGAGAAGCUUCCGCAUGCCACCGUGCAACAGUUUGAGUUUGCAAAAAGUCUGCCGUUUGGAUUGGACUGGCCAUCUGCUCAACUGACAUCUGAUAGGAAAGCCCUUGCUCUAGAAGUUAUGAAAUUAGCGGCGGCUGAGAUGGCUUCAUACUUGGAUGACAAUCCUAAUGAAAUCGAUGAAGCUUCUUCUCAAUCCAUGCAUUUUCUUGCUGUGAGCCAUGUCAAAUGCGUAGCAGCUCUUCUCGGCUUUCCUGGUUAUACAGAAUUGUUGGAUAAGUACUUAAAAUUGUAUCCGUCUUGUAUCGAGCUUGUUCUGAUGGCCGUUCGUUCUCGACGAAAUUGUGUGACUGAUUCAGAAUUCGUAGCAUUUGAAGAGGCUCUUUACCACUGGCCAAAAGAAACGCCUGGUAUCCAAUGCCUAUGGAAUCAAUAUGUUGAGUAUGCUUUAACAAAUGAUAGAAUUGACUUAGCUGAAAAAGCUAUGGCUCGGUGGUACCAGGAUUUUCCAAAAUUCAGGGAUUUUAGUAGCUUCUGCGCACUGGAAACUGAAAUUUCUUUUGACUCAUCCUCGCAUAUAAAUUCUACCGGCGCGGUUCAAUUGAAGACAAAAGAUGAUGCUUUUGGCUUUCUUAAUCUGUUUCUUUAUUGUAUGCUGCAGAAGAGUGCUGUAGAUGCUUGCUGUGCUAUUGAUAAAUCAUUGGAGCUUGCUGCUCCUGAGGAUUACAAUCACUUUGUAAUGGAGCAUGCUUUAUUCAUGGCAUCAACUAAUAUUGAAUCACAGAAGCAUUUUCCAUUAAGAACCUUAUCUUCCCUUAUAAAUCGAUAUUUGGUCGAUUUCCGGUCGAGCCUUCACUUAGAGCCACUGUCAAGAAGGUUCAUUAGAACCAUCAAGAACCCUAGAAUCCAGCAGAUGGUUAAUAACAUUUUGGGCCCUGUUUCCAUGACAUCUACUCUAAUCAAUUCUGUUCUAAAAGUAUGUUAUGGCCCAUCUCUUCUACCAGAAAACUUCAAUGACAUUAAAGAAGCAUUUAGUUUUGUAGAAUUUCUGAUGGAAAUAACGCCAACAAACUAUGAGUUAGCUUUAUCAGUAUAUCGAAUUUGUAGCCGAAGCUUCAAUUCAGUGAAGUUCUGGGCAGGCACUCUAUUGAUUAAUUCCAUCUUCCAGUCUGCUCCUGCUGCACCAGAGCAUGUAUGGUUAGAAGCUGCAGAAGUUUUGAAAACUUCAGAAAGCUUAGAAAUCAACCUCAGGUUCCAUAAACAAGCCAUUUCAGUCUAUCCUUUCUCUGUCAAACUUUGGCAAUCUUAUGCAAAUCUAUAUUCUUCUGCUGGUGAAACUAGCGAAAUCAUUGAAGCUGCACAAGAAAGAGGUAUUGAUUUGAACAGCUUUCUGAACUAGUUAUGAUUUUUCUGCUAAUGUCUUCUUUAACCUGUAUAAGAUUAGGCCCAACAAAAAGAAGGAUUUUUUUUUUUUUUGCUUCUGUUAAUGGUAGAAGAAAGGAUCCUUGAAGAUCAAUCCUUGGAGCAUAAAUUUCUUUUAGAACAGAACGUAGAAAUUGUUGCUUUGUCAAAAAGGUUCACUGAAACUUCAUGUGUAUAUACAAUUGGUAGUAUGUAAAUGAUUCUCUUAUUUUUUUUAAUGAAAGUGAAUUUUUGGCCAA